AUGCUGCGGGGAAACCAUUUUUUUCUUCUCGCCGCCGCGACGGUAGUGUGUAGGCCAGCAUCGCAGCUGCAGCAGUCGAAGACACAGACCACCGCAAGGGAUUUCGAGGUAAUCCGCGGCUCAUUCUCCGGCCCUAUCUACUACCGCUGUUCGUCAGCCUCUGCUCACCUUCGCAGUUGAAUUCUGUACGAAGGUAGCCGCUCGGAGGAGAUAUACCCUGGCAAGAGACUGCUGUGCCAUCGCAAUCCGUCGUCAAUAUCACCUCACAGGGGGUUUCAGGCCCUUGUGAAUUCCAAGCCCCGAGCUAAACAAGAUGCCUUGGAGCCAUGGCCGCAGCAAACGGUCGUCGAAUCUGACACCUCUGAGCACCAAUAUGACGAUGUCAUGUCUAUCCCUAUGUCCGCCGCGAGCGAGAGAGAGGUGGCGACGCAAAGCAAGCUAAGUGACUCUUUGCCCAGUUUUGGUAAAAAUGGUUGAGGCGGUUUACUGACGUAUGAAACUGUCGACAGCUACUGUAGCUGUAGACCCUCGGCCCUCGACGGCCUACCCCGAGGACGCAGGGAACCGUUUUUACCGAUGCCGAGGAUGCGAUUCUGCUGCAACGUGUAGGCUGAACCUCUUACCCCCGCCCUAACCCUUGCUGCACGUCUGUGCCGUCUACUGCAUGUCUUGCAUCAGACGGCAGGGCAGGAGUGCCCGAAUGCCGGUAACAUCGAACACCGCCUGUGCGGCCAGGGGAAGCACUACGGCGGGAGAGAGUCGCCGGGAACGCGCACCUCAAAAACCCAGAUAGUUUUCAGA